GCGACGGGGCGUGGGGGCGGCUCACUAGCUGGGCGGCCCACGCCGGAGGACGGUUGAGACCCUCUGUGGAGCCCGCUGGUUCUGGGAGGACCCGAGACACGAGAUGGGCGGGCGGGGACUGUCCACAGGUGCCCCCAGCCCUCACCUGCUUCAGGGGCAGCAGCACACCUGGGGCAGAAAUCCCCCCAGCCUCGUGGAAAGUGCUGUCACGUCCACCCCCACGAGGCCCCUGGCGGCCUGCUGGGAUGGCCAGGGGUCGCCUGUGGCCCAGCAGCGCCCACAGGGCUGUGAGCAACAGCAGGGGGCGGGUCUCCGCUGCCCUCCCCGACUCCCGGCCAGCGUGCUGGCUGCUGCAACUGGCCCCAGGCGCGUGUCCCAGCUGAGUGAGGAGCCAGCGGCCUGCAGGCCCCGUGGGACAAGCAGCUCUGACAGGACAGCAACCCUGUCCCAGCGACCUGCUCCUGAGCUUGUGUGUCCCCCUCAUGCCAGCGGGGACACGGCAGCCAGGGCUGUGGCACCUGCUGUCCCGGGCCAGCUCCCCCGUGGCCCUGCCCAUGGUGGUAGAGCCAGCUGAGUGUGUUGCCCCCAGGCCCAGCCGGCCGGCCGUCAGCAGUGGCCCUGCAGGGCUGCACAUGAGCCGCCCUCCCCCAGGCCCAAAUGAAAGCGCAGACCCCGCCAGGCCAGCUGCCCAGCCCACCAGGCUCCAGGCUGUGCCCUCACAGCUCCCGGGCGCGGGCGCCGGAGCCUCCUUCCAGGUGGUCAGUGCCUGCCUGGCCCCACCCUCUCACCCACACAGGGGCUGCUGCGGCCCCAGAUGGCCCUGAUUUCACCCAGAGCUUUCUCCAUGACUGGCGCUAGGGAGGGAGCUGGUCUCUCCUGGUGCUCUGUGCGCUCGCUGUCUGCGCCCACGCAGGCGCCUGGUGGGGAGCAGCUGCCGGUCCAGUGUAGGUGGGGCUGCAGGAAGGCUGGGCUCUGGCUCCCAGAGGCCUCGCUCAUAGUGCCAGGGCAGGCUCAGGGCGGACAAAGACCACGGCCCCUCCUGGGUGGGGGGGAGCUGCAAGACAGGGACCCCAUCCUCUCUGGCUCCUGUGGAGCUUGGGGACACUGCCUGCCUCUCCCUGGAGAGGGGGGGUAAGGUGCUGGCACAGCAGGCGGACAGACUACUGACCACAUUGGCUGCUCCUGGGACUCCUGGCAGACAAGCAGGCCCUGCCGCCUGAACCUCAUCCCCGAGACGGAGGCGGCCGCCUCGCUCAGCAGUCGUGCUGCCUUUGGGGCGCGGGGGAGCACACCCUUGGCCAUGCGGGUGGUGUGGGUGCAGGGCCUGGCUGGGGACAUGCCUCCCCUGGCUCUGCCCUGACCCUUCCCCCAUCGCCGUCCACUGCCCUGUUCAGGCCCCCGCCCCCCGCCUUUGACUUUGUGGCGCCUGGAAGCCCCGUGAGCUGGGGUGGCCGCCCUGUGCCGGGCACCACGUGGCGGACAAGCUGCCUUUGAAGUGGGCCGGCCUCGGGCCCUGCCUGCCCCCAGGAAAACGCCCUCCUAGAUGCGCGGGAGCCUCGGCCACGGUGAGCACAGCCCCCAUGCUCCCCACAGCUGCCCUCAACAGGGGACCCGGGCGGAUGGCAGUGACCACCCCCACGCCUGUGCAGGCCUGGCUGGGAGUCACCUGGUGAGCCCUCGGGACCUGGGCGGGCCCCUGGGCGCCACCUGGUGGCCGACGGGUGGUGUGGGUGCUGAGUCUGAGAACCGAAAGUCCAGUCAUGUGCUGCCCCUGGGCGGGGCCAGCAGGGGCUUUGAAGGCCACAGAAAGGGCCCAUUCUUCGCGGUAGCCACCACAGCCCUCCCAGGAGGCAGGAGUGCAGGGGACGCAGGGAUGUCCGGCCUGAGCGUCUGCUCCUCUGGGGGCCGGGGGUGGACAGAGGACCAGGAGGGACGCGGGAGCCCAGAGAGUGGCAGGUCUGCGCCUCAGAGCUGUGGUCCUGGCUGGGAGGAGUGGACUCGGGAGGACUGGGGCCGCCGACUGCCCAAGCUUGAGGAGCGCGGCACGGUGAGUGGGGGCUACUGGCUGCCCGCACCGUGCGCUGAAGGGCCCCGUGGACCAUGGCCGUGCCACACGCCCCCAACGCCACGCCGGCGGGGCUCCCCCACUGGGGACCGGACACCAACUGGACGGGGCUCUGGUGCUGGGCUGUGCCCAUCCCGGACGGGCUCUUCCUUGGCCUGGGGCUGCUGAGCCUGCUGGGGAACGCGCUGGUGUUGGCUGCCGUGGCCAGGGCCCGCAAGCUGCGCUCGCCCAUGCACCUGUUCAUCUGCUGCCUGGCGGCGGCCGACCUCCUCCUGAGCGCUGGCCCCGUGCUGGAGGCUGCCGCCGCACUGCUGCUGGGCACGGGCGCGCUGGCCCCCCGGGCCUCAGCUGUGCAGCGGCUGGACGAUGCCGUGGAUGCGCUGGCCUGCGGCUCCCUGGUGUCCAGCCUCUGCUCGCUAGGCGCCAUUGCGGUGGACCGCUACGUCUCCAUCUUCUACGCCCUGCGCUACCACAGCAUCGUGACACCGCCCCGCGCUGGCGGGGCUGUCGCCACCAUCUGGGCCGCCAGCGUGCUCUCCGGCGCCCUCUCCGCGGCCUGCUCCGACCACACGGCCGUCCUACUCGGCCUGGCGAGCCUCUUCGUGGCCAUGCUGGCGCUCAUGGCCGUGCUGUACGCGCACAUGCUGGUGCGGGCCUGCCAGCACGCCCGCGGCCUUGCCCGGCUCCGCACCCCGCGCCCCGCCCGCCAGGGCUGUGGCCUCAAGGGCGCCACCACCCUCGCCCUCCUGCUGGGCGUCUUCCUCCUCUGCCGCGGCCCCUUCUUCCUGCACCUCUCCCUGGCGGUGCUCUGCCCCCAGCACCCCGCUUGUGGCUGCGUCCUCAAGAACUUCGACCUCUUCCUCGCCCUCGGGGUCUGCAGUGCCGCCGUGGACCCCCUCAUCUACGCCUUCCGCAGCCCAGAGCUCCGCAGGGCCCUGUGGGCCGUGCUGCCCCGCCCCUGCCCGGCAGCUGAGGCCACUGCCCGGACCGAGACGGGGUGCUGA